AUGGCAACAAAUUAUAGUGUCAUAGACGAACAACGUAUUUUGCAAGAAGCUAAUGUACGUCGUUUGCGUGAACUCGAAUUGAGUCGAUUGAGUGAAUCCGAUGAACAGAUUGCUCGACAAGAAUUGGCGAAGUUCGAUGAAAUGGAACACGAACUUCAAACAUUGAAUCAAUCCGAUCAACAACGUAUGGAGGAACUUGAAUCAGAAAUACGAGAUAUAAAUCAAGAAAUAUAUAAUGCUGAAAAAGAACUCGAACAAUUCAAUGCACAACUCGAAGAACUUCGAGUUGAACAAGAAAUACAAGAGAAAAAUCUUGAACAAGUAACUAAUGAAGUUGCUAAACUAACACAAGAAAUUAAACAUGUUCAAGAAGAACUUCAAAAACUUCGUGAACAAGAACAUCAACUUACAAUUGAACGUGACAAAUGUCAAGCAACACUUACCGAACAACAACAAAUUCUCAAAGAAGAACAAGCACGUGUGACUGAUCUUCAACAACAAAUUGUUGUGUUGGAAAAUGAUAGGCGUUUAUUAGAACAACGACGCGAUGAAUUAAAUACACAAUUACAACAAGCUGAAACAGAACGAGUCACUCUAGAACAAGAAAUAGCAAAACUUGAUGCUGAAUGUACACGAUUGGAACAACAAGUCAAUGUUUUACAACAAGAAUUAGUUCAACUUGAACGAGCUGUAGAACAGCUUGUUCAACAAAUAAAGCAAAUUCAAGAAGAAAUAGUCAAAUGUGAACAAGCCAUAAAUGAACAAACUGCUCGAAUUCAAGAAUUAGAAACUGAAAAGCAACAGGUCGAAGUUGAAAUACAAAGAUUACAAGAAUCGAUCCAACGCAUUGAAACAAUGAUCCAAGAAGUGGAAAACAAAGAACGCCAAGUAACCGAAGAAAUCAAUCAAAAAAAUCAAGAGAAACAAAUGGUUGAAAACGAACAGAGAAUUGCCGAAGCCGAAGUUCAACAGUUGAAAGCAGCUCUCGAAGCACUCAAUGGAGAAUUGAAAAUGUUACAAGAUAGAUUAACUCAAUUGACAAAUGAAGUCAAUCAGUUGGAAGAACAAGUUCGUCAAGCACAAAAUGAACUUCAACAAGCAAAGGAAGCAGUACAACUUGCCGAAGCAGAAGUGACACGUAUUCGAGGCGAACUCGAUCAGCUUACGCAACAAUUACAAGCCAAACAAGCUGAAUUGGCUCAAGGUGAACAAGCGAAAACUCAGCUCGAAGCAACACUCGCUCAAAAACAGGCUGAACUUCAACAGAUAACCGAUACUGUGAAUAGACUCGAACAAGCACUGAUGCAAGCCAAAAGUGAACUCGAUGCUGCUAUUGAAUUGCUCAAUCAAUAUACUGAAACACUUCGUCAAGAAGAACAAACUGAAUUACAAAAAAAAGAGGAAGUCGAAAGUCAAGAAACAGUCUUAAAAGAAGCCCAAGAUGAGGCCAAUCAAUGUGACCGACAGGAGAGCGAGAAAAAACAAGAGUUAGAUACAGCGACGCGUGAAGAAAAAAAAGCACAAGCUGAUUUAAAUUCAGCCAAAAACCAAUUGCAAAUUGCUGAAACAGCACUUCAUAUUGCUGAAAUGGCUCUUGCAACAGCAUUGGCCUUUCCACUAAUUGGUCAAAUUGCAGCCAUUGCAGCGACGGCUGCACUUGCAGCAGCUACCAGUGCUGUCAUUGCUCUACAAAUAAAAGUAAAUAAUGCAGAAUCGAAAUUAUCUCAAGAUUCUAUCAAGCGUGAGCAAGCUUUUCAAGUACAUCAAACAGCACUUGAGCAAAAGCGAGCGGCACAUACGAAAGUUGCUGAAGAGAAACGAACACUUUUGACAAAACAAAAUGAAUUGAAACAUCAGAUACAAACUAAAAAUGCUGCUCAACAACAAGUUGAACGUCAACAACAGGUUGUGGAAAAAACGACUGCCGAUCAUGCCGAAGUUGAACGUCAACUCACUCAAGCUAAAGAACAGCAGACAAUGAAAACAAAUGAAGUUCAUGAUGUAGAAGCACAAGUUCAAAAGCAAACUGAACAUGUUGAACAGUUAAAACGAGAAGUAUCUGAACUUGAACGAAAUCAAACACAAACUCAACAAGCACUUAUCAAUGCAGAAAAUGAAUUGAGAAAUGCUCAAACUAAAGAGCAAACAGCAGAAGCCACUCUUAGAACAACGAACGAACAGCUUACGGCCAAACAACAAGGUGUUCAAGAACUACAAUCUUCAGUUGCUCAAAAACAACAACAGAUCGAAGCAAAACAGGCAGAAUAUGCUAUGAAAGAAGGCGAAGCACAACAGUCUAAAAAUAAAAUAACAAUUAUCGAUCAAGAUCUUAAAUUAGCUAAUAGUACGAAAGCGGAAUUGGAAGCUGAGAAGAGACAACAAGAAAAUAUGCUUCGAACUGAACAGAGUAAAAGUCUACAACUCAAUUCAGAACAUCAACAACUCAAAACAAACCUUGAAAUAACCCAACAACAAAAACAACAACUUAGUCAACAAUUACAAGACUUCAAAAGUCAAUUGGAUCAACAAAAUGGAGAUAUGAUGCAAAAGAGUGCCGAAGUAGAGAAAGUCAAAGCUGACUUACACACAAAGGAGCAUGAGCAGGAUCAACUUAAGUCACAACGGGAUGAACGUACAGCGCAUGUUGAACGAGUCAAAGGGCAAAUUCGAGAAAAUGAACAAAAUUUGAAAGAAAAUGAAACGAAUCUGUCGCAGACAGUACAAACGAGACGAGAACGAGAAAUGGCCAAACAGUUAGCAGAACGUCAAGUAGCUGAUAGUCAACAACGUCUUCAUCAAACAGUUGAACGCCUUGAACAAUUAUCCAAUCAAGUUCAAGAGAAACAACAAAUUUCUAAUGAAAAAAAUCACCGUCAUACAGAACUUGCUGCUGAUGUAGAACAACGUCAGGCAGCUAAACAACGUUUGGAAACUAAUGUUCAGGAUAUACAUAAUCGAUGGACAUCAAAGCGAAUCUGGACGACAACUGCAGCAACACAUGUUGCUCAACUCGAUCAAGAAAAAGCCAAUAUUCAACUAGCUAGCCGACAAGUAGCUGAAAGCAACAGAAAAACUCGACAAGAUCUACUUUUACACAAUCGAAAUGAAGUACAUAAAAAUAAUCGAAACUUAAAAAAUCAGCAACAAGUUCAGCGCCAUUAA